AUGCCUGUAUUGCAGACCACGUACCUGGGGCUGGUUCGUGGGAGAAGUGAUGGCCGUGUUGAUGAAUAUCUGGGAAUCCCGUAUGCAACGCUUUCGAACCGCUUGGCUGGAGCAGUCUUGGUGAGCAGGUCUCAAGGUGCCGUGCUCGAUGCAACGACAUACGGACCUACGACCAUAUCUCCCUUACAGGGGUGCGACCUGGAAUUCAGUAUCAUGCAACAUAGCCUCCCCAAGGGAGCUCUACCCCAGUCAGACACCGAGUGCUUGAAUCUCAACAUCACGGUCCCCGCGGGUGUGGACAGAUCAGCUAAACUCCCCGUGCUGGUCUUCAUCCACGGCGGUGGCUUUAACAUUGGAGCCAAUUCCUGGCCGCAGUUCAACAUGGCUCGAUUUGUAAACCUUUCCGCAGAGCUGGGGCUGCCAAUAGUCGCUGUCACUAUCAAUUAUCGCCUGGGGCCGUUCGGGUUUCUGACUUCAGAAGAGCUUCGCGCGGCCGGCUACAAGGCCAACAACGGCCUUCGUGACCAACAGGUCGCUCUGGAGUGGAUUCAGAGACACAUCAUCGAUUUCGGUGGAGAUCCAGGUAACGUCACGCUUUCAGGAAUGAGUGCUGGGGGAGUAACCUCGGUCAUGUACCAGUUAAGCUCUGCCAGGGCCCUGUUUAAACGUGCUAUCGUAAUGAGUGGUAACUACUUUCUCCUCCCACCGCUUCCACUUGCGCAACACGAAGAGAACUACAGCCGAGCCAUCGCAGCGCUGGGGCUGGCGAGUGCCUCGACUGAGGAAAGGAUCCACGCCCUUCUUGAGACCCCCGGUCAAGAGAUCAUCUCUCGGCUGCCGCAAUCUGUCAUUGCAGCCCCUGCUGUCGACGGCGAGCUGAUAACCGACUUCCCUACGUUUGCUGAACUCGCAGAUCCAACCGUGGAUGUUCCUCUUGGUAAGAAAUGGUGCAAGACGUUAAUAAUUGGGGACGCACAGAUGGAUGCGAACAUCGUCCGAGUACUCAUGCCGGGGGCGCAAAAGGGGUGUGCAAGGAGAUUUAUCAGCAUCCUUAAAUCAACCUUGUGCUCCAGGCCAAAGGUCGCCCAGGACAUCCUAGACAGAUAUGGUAUCUCCAUACACAUCUCGGACGACCAAGCCUUUGCCGCAAUUCUGGACUACAUCAACGAUAUUGCUUUCUUUGCACCUACCUUGGCCGCAGCACAGGGCUGGCGCGGAAAUGCGCGAGUGUAUUAUUUCAACCAAGGAAAUCCUUGGGAAGGUCCGAGCAAAGGCCGAGCCGGACACCUGCUCGACAUUGUCCAUCUGUUCCAGAACUUCCGAGAAUUCUUGACACCUGAGCAGCAAGCCUUGGGGGUUCGCUUUGCAGGCGACUUUCUCAGGUUCUGCCAUGCAGACUCUCCUUGGCCUGCUGUCGAUCCACCGAACGUAGACGGCGGGUUUGUUGCGCAAGUGUAUGGAUUGCGCGAAAGCUCUGGGACGAUAGUAAACAGGGUUUACUCCCCAUUCAAUGGGAACGCUGACCGCAGGAGUAUCUUAUUUGACUGUGCUGAUGAUGUAUCGCUGGACAAACUCAUAAAUGUUUUUUAUCAGUUCCGCGGUUUCUAA